AUGGCGACUUGUGGGUGCGGUCACGAUCAAGCGAGAGGUAGGAAUCAAUCUGAGGAACACGAGACGAAUGUGAACAACCCCGUGAACUUUAUGGCGGUGUUGCAUAAUGUGGCUGCUGCUAUGCAGGCUACUGCUGACGCACUUGGACAGCAGAUGAACAAUAAUCAAAAUGGGGGAAAUGGCGAAAAUGGGACUCAAAGUCCAAUGACAUUGGUGACCUUCUUGAAAGUCAAUCUACCAAAGUUUAAGGAAACUAUGAAUCCAACUGAGGCCGACACUUGGUUUCAAGCUAUGGAGCGAGCGCUGCAAGUGCAGUUGGUGCCUGAGGAACAAUGCGUUGAGUUUGCCACUUAUCUGCUCACUGGUGAAGUGGAAUUCUACAAGAAGUAUUUUCUAAAUUCUGCCCAGACGGCCAAGGAACUGGAGUUACUGCAGCUGAAUCAGGGUGCGAUGUCGGUGUCUGAGUAUACAGAUAAGUUUGAGGAGCUGUUUAGAUUCUUCCGCAUGUGUCAAGGAGCUUCGAGAGACUUCGAAGAGUGGAAGUGCAUCAAGUAUGAGGGAAGACAUCAGAGUGACAUUCUGAGCUCCGUUGGACCGAUGGAGCUUAGGGUCUUUUUUGAACUUGUGAACAAGAGCCGUGUCGCUGAAGAAUGUGUGAGGAAGGCUACUGAGGCGGAGAAUGACCGCUGA